UCUCCCUCAGAAAAUUCUUACAUAAUUAUAUCCAUUUCCAGGCAGUGAAACUUGGGUUUCUUCACCAUCAGAAUGGCAUCAUCAUCAUUCAGGGUUUAUCUGACACUAAUGAUCAUCAUGGCUUUCAUGCCCUCACCUCUGCUUUCAUCAUAUUCAACACCUAUUCCCGAAGUUCCCACUCUCUCCUCUUCACCAGCAACAUUAAAAGAUCCUCCUCCAUCUUCACUAUAUCCUUUCCAAGAGUUGUCCCCAGACAUUGCUCCACUGUUUCCUUCUCCUGGUGCUUCUGGAACUGACAUUCCCACCAUUCCUUCCAAUCCAAGCCCUCCAAACCCAGAUGACAUGAUGGCUCCUGGUCCUCUUUCUGCAUUUUCACCAUUUGGAUCAAUGCAAGCUUCCUCCAAUGCCCCUAGAAGUCUUGUUUGUGAACUAGCCACUACUGCUUUUGCAGGUUUAACAGCAUACUUGUCUUUGCAUUAUAUGAGAGUAUGAGUGGUUUGGGAUGUGGGAGAUUCCAAUUAUUAUAGACUAGAUCCUCUUUAUUGUAUGUUAAUUUUUCAUUCUUAUUACCUUGUAAUAUAUGAUAUUAUAAU